GGGAGCUCGAACAGCUCUAGCAUCAGGCCACUACAGCUUGCGAAGGAGAGGAAACCCUUGCUUUCAGAGCGCCAGUAAAUUUAUUCAGGAUGGCGGCUGAACAAAGAAAACUGCUCGAGCAGCUUAUGGGAGCGGACCAGCUCAUGGGCACAGGUGCUGGGUCCCGUAAUUCUCAGCUCUCCAUCACCGACCCGAAAGUCUGUCGGUCCUAUCUCGUCGGAACCUGUCCGCACGAUCAAUUCACGAACACGAAGCAAGACCUUGGACCAUGUCCUAAGGUUCACAGCGAAGGGUUGAAGGCCGAGUACGAGGCUGCGUCACCAAGUGAGAAGGCCAAGUGGGGGUUUGAAUUCGACUACAUGCGCGAUAUGCAGAAGUAUAUAGAGGAAUGCGAUCGCAGGAUCGACACGGCUCAGAAGAGACUUGAAAAGACCCCAGACGAGAUUCGACAGACGAACAACUUGCUGAAACAAAUAUCUGAUCUCACUAAGACCAUCAACACCGGUCUUCUCGAGAUUUCUGUCCUCGGUGAGACGGGCUCUGUCGCCAUGGCCCUGAACGAACUCCACAAGAUCCGCACUGCCAAACACCAGAAGGAAACGUUCGAGCGUGAACUCAAGACUCUCUCGGAUACCUCUGGCCCAUCCGGCCAUCAGAAACUGCAGGUGUGUGAUGUAUGUGGAGCGUAUCUGAGUCGACUGGAUAACGAUCGCCGUCUGGCGGAUCAUUUUUACGGAAAGAUGCACAUGGGAUACUCCGAUAUGCGCAAGACAUAUAAGAAGCUCAGUGAGGAGCUCAAGGGCCGACCGCCGCCUGUUAGACACGAUGAGGAUGACGCAGGCUGGGGUGGACGUGGAGGUGGCAGAGGGCCUCGAUAUGGUGGAGGCGGCGGAUAUAGGGGGUACAACAAGCGUGGCGGAGGCGGUUAUGGGCGGUGGUAAUCUUCG